AUGGAUUACAAUUACUGUGUCGAUAUGAGCUGUGUGAUGAAAGUGAACAGAAGCUGCAUGCUUUGUUCGCAAAAAGUGUCAGAAGUAAUGCAUUGUCUCUACGCAAUUUACUCAAUGGAAUUCGUCGGAGACGACAACUCAAUAAAACUAAAGGCGAGGGUUAACCCUAGUAUAUUGAUGGCGGUAAUGGAUCGGUACGGCGAACAUGGAAAGAUCAUCAAUCUCCGUUUCGACGGAGAAGUUAUGAAUCCCCGGGGCGGCGGUUAUUACGGUCAUUCAGGCUAUUACCUUCCUUCCUUGGCCUCCGCCGGUGGUUAUCAUCCAUAUUCGUAUCCGCUGUAUGCGUGCGCCGGAAACUAUGCUCCUUAUACGUAUAAUCAGCAGCGGCAGACGGAUCACGCACCACGGAACCCGCAUACAACACCGCCGGUUUAUCCUAUGCCGAUGCCAUCGGCAAGAUCGGUUCAUAAUUACGCUUACGUAGAACCGCAGUAUUAUACGGGUUCGUCGGGUGGAGGAUUUUGCGCGAUCAUGUGA